AUGACUGAUGUUUGCUGGGAUCUUGCUAUGCUGAUUGUGCUGAUGAAUGUUUUGAGGAGUGUGUUGUCUGUUAUGGGCAGUUGGUUUGUGCUGUCUAUUGGGUGCCUGGUGGCAGCUGAUGUGCUGUCUGUGUAUACACUCAGGCAUGCAGUUGGUUUUGUUCUAGCAGCUGUUUCAUCAGUUGCAGUUUUCUGUGGCUGA